AUGAAGCUACAUUUAGCUCUCUUAAGUCUGAGCCUUUCUCACGUCUGGGCCAUUGAAAAGAGAGGCAAUGACGGUCGAUGGUUUGGCCUUAUUGAUAACCAAAAAGACCCCAAAAAUAAUAAUCCGACUCUUAUAACUUUUCGACCAGCAAUAGGAGUCGAAGCGGUGGGUAUCUUUGGGGUUACGUGCGGACUUCGCUAUUACUCGCCAUCUAAAAUCGAAGAAUCUAAAAAUAAAGCAAUAGAUGAGUUUAAGAGACUGAAUCAAUUUCAUACAUGGCCUCUACAAUUGAAGGGGGAACGGUGUAGAGCUUCAAGAUUUUGGAAUUUUUUUGGGGAGCAGAUUUACAUGUAUCCACUACAGGAUCCAAAGGCUGAGGCUGGAGGCAAGCCGCUACAGAUGGAUUAUCUAUUCCUAAAUAGUAAAAACGAAAUGUUCGCCAUUUUCAAGCGCAAGCACACACCAGGCAAAGGCAAGCCAAUGGAGACAACUGUGACGUACACAUCAUGUUGGGAUGGUCGUAAGUAUUCAACGACCAAAAAGAAGGGUGACAAGUAA